ACAACACGUGUAAUCUGAUGUCGACGGCUUCUAGCCGAACAGCUGAUUAUGACGUAUGCUGCAUGCAUAACAAAGAUCGCCUAUCUCAGCUCGAUGCGGUGGUAAUGCAAUGUGGUGUUUCUUAUUGACUGCGCAAUAUAUAUUCGCGAACAGUACAAAUUGCGAAUAAUGCAGUUUUAAAACACACGUGCAAGUUAAAAUAUCUGUAUUGCUACUGAUGUGCAGAUCAGACGACCCAGGCCAUUCUUGAGGUUAUAUUCUGGAACAGGCACAGGUGCCUGCGUAACUUGGAAUCUGAAGGAGACGAGCUAGUCAUGGACAAUCUGGAACGAGGGAGUGCAGCCAUUGAUUGGUGCGAGAAUAAUUACGCAAUAGUUCCUGGUAUAGCAGAAUUCUACAAUACAGUCAGCAACAUCCUUUUCUUCGUCAUCCCUCCCCUCCUCCUUUACCUCUUCCGCCAGUACGCUGUCCGGUACAACUGGCACGUCAACAUCAUGUGGAUCCUGCUGAUGGUUGUGGGAAUCUUCUCCUGUUACUUCCAUGCUACCCUCAGCAUGUUUGGACAGCUUCUGGACGAGGUGGCUAUCAUCUGGGUUGUUCUUUGUGGAGUGGCCCUCUGGUAUCCUCGAAGGUACUACCCAGCAAACAUCAAAGGAAGCAGGAAGAAAUUCAAAUGGAUAAUGUUGCUAUUCACAGUCGCCAGUACUUGCCUUGCCAUGGUGAGGCCGGCAGUAAAUUCUUUUGUCAUGAUGUCAUUCAUUGGACCCUGCAUAUGCAUGAUGGUGUUAGAACUCCGGAGGGCACAUUGUCCGCGUGUUGUCAAGCUGGGCAAGACAUGUGCUUUGAUGUGGGUAAUAUCGGUCAGCUGCUGGCUCAGUGAUCGAUUCCUCUGCGACUUCUGGCAGUCCUACUCUAUCCCGUACCUCCACUGUGCCUGGCACAUCAUGGUCUUCAUCUCAGCGUACACGGCCUGUGUCCUCUUUGCGUACUUCGAUGCAAUGAACGAAUGUCCAGAGAUGGGUCCCGUCCUAAAGUAUUGGCCCAAGGAUUCUUGGGUGAAUGCAGGGAUUCCUUACGUCAACCUUCAAUGUGCUGGAAGCAAACCAGCGUGGGACUGAAGGAUUCCCUGUUAAUGAUAAUUGCAACAUUACUCUUACACCUGUAUUAAUGUGUCUAACUUUCUAUUAUAUAAUGUGCACUGAUGAUAGGUAAGUGUGUGUAUCUAAAACUAUGUAAAUUGUCUCUGAGGCUGACUUUAUCUUCAUGAAAGAAGAGAUUAAAUUGUCUUUUUAUGUAGUUUUCAUUCUACCUUUAUUCAAGAAAGAGUUUUCCUGUCAAGAUAAUUUAUUGAGUUUUAAUAAUGUAUUAAGAGUAUUUCUUGAAAAGAGUACUUAACACUUAACAAUGCAGCUACAUGAACAAUCAAUCACUAAUGAUUCAUUUUGUCUUCCCUUCUGAGAAAAAGUCUUAUUUUCUUAUGUUUCCUAUCUAAACGUUGAUUGCAAUAAUGACAAUCAAGGGCAACACAGAUAUCAUCCGUUACAAGCAGUUACCGUGUAUUCCACAUUCAUCAAAACCAUUGACAAUAUGGGGCAUUAAAUGCUAUUGAAGAUAUUUGAAUGAAGGACAAUAUUGUAUUGUAAAAGGUACAGAGUCUCAGCCUUUCUGUCAUAUUUCGUGAUUUUUGUCCCACUACAUGCAGUCUUUUCUCGGUUGUAUUCAGUUUUAAUUUCAGAGUAAGAAAAAUAUAGUGCUGCAACACAUACUCUGUUGAUUCUUACUUAGCAACUCUGCAGCGCUUUGUAACUGCAAGGAAAAGGUGCUAUAUCAAAUAUCUUUUGGAUUGGAUUGGAUUGGAUUAAACAAGUAGGAAAUUAAUAUUGUUUGGCUUGUAAAUUGAGCUUUUUUUAUUUGACUGAGCUAGCUUUAAUUAUAUAAUUAUGAGUGAUAGAAUUUAGGCCUUAGUGCAAGGAGAGUGUUUAGAUUUAGCACCAUUCAACUUUGAUUUCAAUCUUGCCAGAAAAUAAAAUGUUUCAUGUCUCAUAGUGUGCAUUUGUGUAAAUGUCCACUGAUUAUUAAUAUGUAUUAAUAUGGUCAUGCUAUUAUAUGAAGCAAAUAAUAAAACCAACAUCUUGCUCUAAAAAGGCUAGAGCAUGUGAAUGUUGGUAAGGGAAUUUUAAUCCAUGAAUUUAUGGAUUUUUUUUCUCGAUUUCAAAUCUUUUGAUUGUGUGACAUAUUGGCCAGUAAUGUUAUUGAACCAGAUUUGUUUGCUUAUGUCGUGCAGUGCAGGAGUUUUUGCACAAUAUGUGUAGUUCCAAAGAUAUUGAGCUUUUAAUGAUUUUUGCCAUGUCACAUGGCAUUACCCCAUUGGCAUAGCUGCCAACCAUUCCUAUUUUGGAGGAAUUAAUCUUUUUCUUGGGGGUCUUCAAGCUACUGGUUUGAACCCCAGAUUCCUCUCUUUAUCUGAAAUAUUAUAUUUGAAUGGUAGAUUCCAAAUUUUGUAUGUUAAAGGUUUGCAGGUAGGCAUUAGGUGAACCCAAAGUUGUAGAAAUAAUAUUGAAUACAUGUAAAGUUGCUACAUUAAUAAGCAAUCAGUUGCAAUUUGUCACGUAGCAAAUAAUCUGCCGGUCAAAUGAUAUCACAAAUAUAUGUGAACAGUCAAUUAAUUCUCACUUUGACAAUCAGUCCGAGGUGCUGCCAAUAACAUUUUUAGGAUUUAGAGUACUUUUUGUGUGUGUUAAAUAUUAAGGAAACAAAAAGAAAAUAGAAUGACUGAAUACGAUGUAGUUCUUUGAUGUGUUAAAUUAUUAUAUUUCUUCACAAUUUUGGAGAUUCAUACUUAUCUAAACUUCAGUUUUAAUACUUACCUAUUCAACUGAAAGUGUUGAACUUGCUUUAAGUGUUUUCACAAGAGCACCCACAGAUAAAUCAGGUUGUAAAUUGUGUACAAAAUCUACAUGUAUAUCCUGAACCAACAAGACUACAAAAAAA